AUGUUUAAAGAUACAAUCUUAAUCAACAACUUGUCUGCUACAGCUAUUAUCGGCAACGAUGCAUGGAACCAGCCAACUCCACAACCAAUUCAAAUAUCGGUGAAGCUUAAUACCGAUUUUCAUCAGGCAUCUGUUUCCGAUAAUCUCAAGUACUCCUUGAACUACGCUGUUUUGUCUCGGAACGUAUUGGAGUAUAUGAAGGACAAUGAAUAUAAGAAUUUCAAGUCGUUAGGUAACAUUGCCGAAAACGUCUCUCGUAUCCUUCUGGAUCCUAAAAAAGGUGGUGGUCAUCAGGUGGAAGUUAUCGUUAGAAGCAGCAAGUCUGAAAUCAGAGCUGAUAAUGUAGAAUAUAAAUUGAAUAGAACACGAGAUGGCAGAAUUGACAGUAUUUUUGAUGAAUUAAACGUCAAUGGUUUAAAAUUAUUGACAAUUAUUGGUGUUUUUACGUUCGAAAGAUUGCAGAAACAAUAUCUUGAUAUCGAUUUUUCUAUAAAGAUCUUUCCUGAAUCAAAUGUUUCUAUUCACAAGUUAAUUGAAGAUGUAAGUCAAUAUGUGGAAUCUUCCAGCUUUAAGACGGUAGAGGCAUUAGUUAUGAAAACUGGUCAAUUAAUUACCCAAAAGAAUAACAUUGAAAGGGUUUUUGUUAAGGCUAUCAAACCAAACGCUAUUGCUUUUACAGAUGGUGUGGGUGUAAGUUCAGAUAUGGACAAGGACUCGUUUAAGGAUAUGGAACCAAUAACUACAGAACAUUUCGUUGUUGACAGUACGAAGUUUAACUCGCCAACUUUAGGCGAGGAUUCUGCUUUUACUAGGAAGAAGAAUCAUAUUGCUUAUAUCGCAUUUGGUUCCAAUCAAGGUAAUCAAAUCAAAAACAUCAAUGAAGCGUUAUAUCAUUUGGAAAAAGCUAAAAUCAACGUUGUAUCUACUUCUUCGUUAUACAUAUCCAAACCAAUGUAUCAUAAAGAUCAAGCUGAUUUUUUCAACGGGGUUGUUAAAGUUUCGUUCAAGGAUCUUUCUCCACUUGAUUUGUUUAAGAAGUGCAAAGAAAUCGAGUACGUAUAUAUCAAUAGAGUCAAAAAGUUUACCAAUGGACCAAGAUUAAUCGACUUGGAUAUUUUGUUGUACGAUGAUAUUAUUUACAACACCAACGACCUGAUUAUUCCCCAUAAGUCUAUGUUGGAAAGAUCAUUUGUCUUGCAACCAUUAUGCGAAUUACUUCGUUUUGAUAUUUUGCACCCAGUUACUGCUGAAUCCUUCCAUCACCAUUUGGCACAGCUGUUAGCAAGCAAGUCAAAUGAAACACUGCAAGAAUCAUCUGACCUUUUACAAAUUGUACCAGUUCCCCGAUUAGAACUAGAUCAUGAUAAAAAUCCUUUGAAGUUUGAUCAAUUGAAAUACAGUCGCCCGGCUUUGAUCAUGGGUAUUCUGAACGUAACUCCUGACUCUUUUAGUGAUGCAGGUGCCAAUUACAAUGCUAGUGCUAAAGAGAUAGAAACUACUGCUUUGAGGUUAUUAGAUGAGGGUGCGACUAUAUUAGAUAUUGGCGGUGUUUCGACAAGACCGGGCAGUAUUGCUCCCAGUGAAGAAGAAGAACUCAGACGCGUUUUGCCUGUUGUCAAAAUAAUCAGGGAAUCCGAAAAUGUGAGGUUGUCAACAUGUCUUAUUUCUAUUGACACUUUUAGGGCUAAAGUUGCUGAGCAAUGUUUGAACUUAGGUGCUGACAUUAUUAAUGAUAAUUCUAUGGGAUUACAUGAUCCUGAGAUAUUUGAUAUUGUUGCUAAGUAUGGAUGUCCAUAUGUAAUGAAUCAUACACGAGGCACACCCGAUACAAUGUCCAAAUUAAAUAAUUACGAGCCCAACACCAACAAAGAUAUAACUGAGUACAUGGUUGAUCCCUUAAAUCCCUCAUUUAAUGUCAAGAAUUGGGAUCCACAAGUCGCCAACUUAAUUAACGGAAUAUCCCGAGAAUUAGGAUUACAAAUGUUGAAGGGCUUCAAAAGGGGUAUAAGAAAAUGGCAGGUCAUAUUAGAUCCAGGUAUUGGAUUUGCUAAACAUUUACCGCAGAGCUUAAUUGUCAUCAAACACGCUUCACAUUUCAAAAAGUACUCGAUGAUGGUUAACGAACAUUGCGACGACGACGUUGAACACUUUUACCUGAGUUUCAAUGGUUUAGCCAGCCUUUUAGCUCCUUCAAGAAAGAAUUUUUUGGGUCGUAUUUGUGAUGAACCUGUCCCACGUGAUAGAGUUAUGAGUACUGGAGCAGCGAUCAUGGCUUGCGUACAACAGAACGCCGAUAUUGUGAGAGUUCAUGAUGUGAAGGAAAUGAAGAAGGUUGUGAAAGUGAUUGAUGCCAUAUAUAAGUAUAUUUAUUAA